CCCCCCCACCCCCCCCCCCCCCGCGAGUGCGCGACGACUCUGCGAAGCCCAUCGGAGUCCAUCCCCGCAGCGCGAAGAUGGCGGACGUCAGCGGCGACGGCUUCGGGGGCCGGCGCCCGCUGGGGCUGCUGGCGAACGCGAGGAAGCGGAAGGACGGGUUCGUGCAGCUGUUCCUGAUGGCGGGCGUCCUCAUGAUGAGCCUGCGGUCCCUGGGCCAGAAGCACCGCCUCCGGGACCUCGCCGACGACGCCGCCGACCUCCGCCGCGAGCGCGACGACCUCUCCCUCCGCAUGCGCGGCCUCCAGGACGCGCUCCGCCGCGAGGCCGACGCCGACGCGUCCGGGGCCCUCGCGUCCCACCUCCGCCGCAUCUUCGCCGCCCACCCCGCCCCGGCAGCCGCCGCGCCGGAGGACCAGUAGGCCCCUCGUCGCGCCUCUAGAAUCCUUCGCCCCCCGCCUUCUUGUUCCGUGAUGAUGUCUUCGUCUGUUCAGCCGUGAGGGCGUCGCGUGUGUCCUGGACGCCGGCGGACUCGCAAUCCGCGGCAGCGCACGCGGCGUGUUCGUGGAAAUGCCGCACCGGAUUCGCAGCGAGCUGGCUGAAAUCGUUGUUGCCUCGAGACACGUUGUUGAUGCUUUUAAACUCGUUCGUGUUUUCAGAUUUCCCAAAGAUCUUUUACUUGUGCCCUGCAUUCCUGCUUCUGUUAAGCUGCCGUUGUGUUUGAGCUGCACGGUGUGCUUCGUGCACUGGAUCAGUUCUGUGUUGAUGCUAGAUCAGUUCUGUCAAGGGCAUGUCGAUUGUAUGUUAACUGGCUGAACUACCCGGGCCAUUUACGCCUUCUAAAUUUGGUUCGAGUAAUUUGCCAGGAUUGAGUUAUGUUUUGUUUGUUUCAUCAAAAAGAAUUAUGUUUUGUUUGAA